AUGGAGAUUUCACAUUUCAGAAACUUAUCAGAAUUGACAGGAAUGGAAGACGCCUCUUUCAAUUUCCAAUGUCCAGUCAAUUCAUUCGACAAUCAACAACAAGAUUCAAUUCAAUGGCGAUCAGGUACGUUCGGAGACAACAUGGAUCGUAUCCAUGGUCAAGUAGGCGUGUUUGACUAUUACAAACCUGUUAUGGAACCAUCUUCAAGACCAAGUAAACAACUUAAAACAAGCAGCUGGAAUUCCUCCAUAGCCACUGAUCAUUCUCAUUCCUUAAUGAAUCUGAAUCUAUCUCAACAAGCAACAGUCGUAAAGCCUAAAGAAGAAAUGACAGUUUCUUCAAAGAGCAUACAUGGCUUUAUUCGUGAUACUCAUCUCCAUUUUAGUAACCAAGAGAGCUCUGGUUUUAAUAAAAGUCAUCAUGGUGGUUUUGAUGUUGCGAAAAAUAGUAGCAAACAUACCCCAGCUCAAGAUCAUAUCUUAGCUGAGAGAAAAAUGAGAGAGAAACUUAGUCGAAGGUUCAUAGCUCUAUCUGCUUUAGUUCCUGGCCUUAAAAAGGUAGUCUUUCUUUUCUUUUCAUCUUCCUCAAAAGUAAUUACAGAGAGUUUGUUUGCUCCAAUUAUCUGA